CAAUCAAAACAAUUCUCAAAAUCAUUUUUAAAAAAAAGAAGGAAGAUGGUGAACUCAAAAGUGAUUCUCAUCUCCGUGCUUCUCAUUGCUUCGUUCUCAUCACUUUCACACGCCCUCACAAUUAACGGCAUCCAAAUCGCCACCGUUAACGUUACCGGUCUCUUGACAUGUGCCCUCAGCGGAAACCUUGUCGGAAACGGACCUCCAGUCUCCGGCGCCAUCGCUGUCUUGUCUUGCGGUGGAGCAAACACCAACCUCGCCCAAGCCAUCACCAAUCCCGCCGGAGUAUUCACCGUCAUCUUGAGAAUUCUCGACACGACUAUUUUCGACCCCUCGCGUUGCUUCAUUAGGGUUAAUCUUCCGGUCGCCACGUGUUCCGUUUUCCCCCCGAACGGUGCCCUCACCUCCGCCAUCGGACUUGUCACUAUCCUUCAGUCUGCUGUUGGAAAUGUGGCCGACUUUGCCACCGGUCUCUUCACGUACUCUGUCCUUUGAUGACGUUUUUAUCAAUGCAUAGGUACAUAUGAAAGUACGUACGCAAGUGCAUGCAUGAGCCAUGCACGUUCUCGCUUUUACGUUUGAAAUAAGUGAUGCAUUUGCUCCAUAGUAAGCUCUCUUGUUGUACCUUCUUUUGUAACAAAUUCUAUGGUUCCAAAAUUAAGCCAUUAAUAAGAUGUAUGUCUUUUCCCAGUUAUUA